UAUCAACGACAUGAGGCUAAAAAAAACAAAAUGGUGGACGGAUUAGUUCCAAAGCGGUGAUGCCUGAAAUAUCAAUGGAUGAGAAAUUUGAUGAAUGCUGAUGUCAAUCUCACAAAUAAUGAAUGAGGAACAUGCUGAACCCACAAAUACACCUGAUUCAAGUCCAAAUAGUAGUGAUUCAGAAAGUCCAACAAGUGAGUCUGAUAACAUCUUGCCAUCUGAGCCUGAUGUCAGUCUCAAUGAAAUGCUGAGUUUGGCAUGUAGACAGGGUAAACUUGACAUUGUUCAGUUACUGCUGCAAAAUGGAGCACAUGUGAAUCAUAGAAACAAAGCAGGAAAUACACCAUUGCUUGAAGCAUGCAGUCAAGGUCACGUUGCUGUUGCAAACUACUUAUUAGAACAUGGCUCAAAAAUCGAUGCACCAACAGAAACUACUCUGGAUAGUGCAUUGACAUGGGCUUGCACAUUGGGCAAUACAAAUAUUGUUGAUGCACUUCUUUGCAAGAAAGCUGAUGUUGAACAUCGGACUAAGGAUGGCUGUACAGCUUUGAUGUUUGCAUGCCUUGCAGGGCAUAGGGAUGUAACUGAAAAGCUUCUUGAUGCUAGUUCCGAAAUUAAUGUUGAAUCAGACAGCAAUAAAGAUAGUCCACUCACAUUUGCUUGCUGGAAAGGACAUUUUGAUGUUGUGGAAUUACUUUUGUCAAGGAAGGCAAAUAUUGAGCACAGGACUAAGGAAGGGUUUUCACCGCUCAUGUUUGCUGCAUUAGGUGGUCAUACAAAAGUAGCUCGUAAACUUUUAGAAUGUAAUGCACAAGUAAAUGUACCAAGUGGUAGUAAUAAUGAUAUUCCAUUAACAAGUGCUUGUUGGAAAGGUCAUCACGAUGUCGUUGGUUUAUUGCUUGAGUUUAAUUCUAAUAUUGAACAUCGCACAAAGGAUGGAUGCACACCAUUGAUGUUAGCUGCAAGAGAAGGUCAUAUUCAUGUUGCUGCACUUCUUUUAAAAAAUGAAGCACAAGUUAAUGUUCCAUCAGGCAGUGAAAAUAACAUUCCUUUGACUCUAGCGUGUUGGAAAGGACACUGGGAAGUGGUUAAGUUACUUUUAGAAUAUGGAUCAGAUAUUGAACAUCGCAACAAAGCUGGGUGUACACCCUUGAUGCUGGCUGCAAGGGAGGGACACUAUGAAACAACUGCUCUUCUUCUGGAACGUAAUGCUCAAGUCAAUGUACCAUCGGGAAGCAAUGACGAUACUCCAUUGACGUUAGCAUGUUGGAAAGGUCACAAAGAAGUUGUUCUGUUGUUACUGGAAAGUAAAUCUAACAUCGACCAUCAAACUAAAACUGGCUGUACUCCACUGAUGGAAGCUACGCGGGAAGGACAUCGAGAUGUUGCAGAUAUAUUACUGAAUCACAAUGCAGAUGUAGAACUACCUGACAAUUAUGGUCAGAGUCCUCUCUUCAUGGCCUGUUGGAAAGGACAUCGUUCUGUAGCCGAAUUGCUACUUCAAAGAUCAGCAUACAGGGAUUGUCGCACUAAAACAGGAAUAACACCGCUGUUUCAGGCGUGUCGUGAAAAUCAUGUAUCCAUUGUUGAGUUAUUGUUAGAGCAUGGUGCUGGUGUAAAUAAUCCUUUCCCCAACAGCCGAGAAAAUCCAAUGACGUUAUGUGCAGAGAAGGGACACAAAGAACUCGUGCAGUUACUGCUUGAAAAGGGUGCAAGACACGACUGUCGUACAAAGAAAGGAUGCACUCCGGAGUUUCUAGCAUGCAAGGAAGGACACAUAGAAAUCGCAAAAAUGUUGGCAGAACAAGGAGCUAACAUCGAAACGUCUGAUUGUCGUGGAAACACCCCCAUAAUGGCGGCAUACAAAAACGGGCAUGUCAGUAUUGUGGACUGGCUUAUUAAUCUUGUGCACCAUUUACCAUCGCAAGAACUGUGUCAUAAGAUUCUCAUGUCAUCCGUCGACGAAAAAGAUAAAGAAUUAAUAGUGCAAAGAAGAAGCAAAUGUUUGGCUAUUAUUCAAGAAAUGAAAAAGAAACGAGAAUUGCUGGCGCUGCGUAAUGCACAGAAUUUAGUCCAGGAGUUGGAUGACGAACGCAAUCGCGAGGAAAAGAAGAAAAAGCAGCGAGCUGCGAAAAGAAGAGACAAGCAGAACAAACGUAAGAAGAAUAGAGAGGUUGAGACAGUGGAGGUUGGCACGAAAAUAAACGGAAUCCUGCCUGAUAACGACGAUGAAGAUGACAAUGAUGACGAGGAGAUUAAAGACAACAUUGUACCAACUGAAAAUCGUGAAAAGGUUGUAGAAGACGAACUUAUGUCAAAUUUAAAUUUGCUACACAUAUCAAACAGUUUACAAUCAAGUACCGCGAAAACAGAUCUUUCUUCAAAAGAAGUGGAUUUAAAGAAUGCAAUGAAUUUUAGAAAAAAAAGUAGAAAGAAAUCUGAGAAGAAUAAACCUACUAUGGAUGACGACGACGACAAGUGCACUGUACACGCGUCGAAAGCGAGAAAUGCGGAAAUUUCACAACGCAGAAACAAAAACAAAAGUAAGGACGCGUAUUGUUCAAGCGAACAAAACACAAAAACAACACCGACGCAAACUGUUGCAGAAACAACAGCCACUGUCGCAAUUCAAGGACCACCAGCCCUGAACAAAAAACGGAAACUUUGCGAUAAUAGUGUACUAGAAACUUCAAAAUCGAACUCGGUUAACUGCAAUGUGGAAAUAAACAGGAAGUCUCAUAAAACAUCCGGUGCAUGUACGCAGAGUUCGUCAACAUCUGGACCGAGUCGGGCGAAGGACAACAACACACGCAAUUCGAGUAAACCCAAUCCAUCUGUAGGCUCUCGCGUUAACCACACAACGUCACUUACAGUGAUCUCUAGCGUUGCUGUGGCAACGUUCGCGAAAAUCACGACAACGAGAAGUGAUCCGAGAUCUCAUCGUAUAAACAUGACACCUGUUGAACCGGUGGAGGACUGGGACGAGGAGGCCAAUAACACCACCUACGACAAGGCUGUUUAUUUCCGAUCUGAUUCUCACUCGGCUACUUCUAACUCGUCCGUCUCCAGAAAUGGAUCGUUUGAUGAAUACAAAGAAUCUGAUUGGAGAGAAACAUCAAAAACAGCCAGGUUGAUCCUGUUUGAAUUGGUUGUUCCAAAUGGAUUUUGUGGGCGUGUCAUCGGUAAAGGCGGAAAGAAGAUUAAUAUGAUUACUGAAGACUCUGGUGCUCAGAUUACCAUAGAUAAACCGCCUUCGAACGUUAUACCUGCCGAUCGUGUGAUUACAAUAAAAGGUACCCCCACCUGUGCUGAACGAGCGAGACAUUUAGUUACUAAAGCCCUAAAUACGCCUAGUUUGAAUAAUCAAGGCAUUUCUGUCGAACCGACGUCGACAAUUGGUAAUAAGGUGCCGAACGUAUCGUCAAUGUGCUCGACUGCUCAAACUGUUGUUAAAAGCGUUUCAAAACCGUCAUGUUCUGUUAACGUCAGUGCUGAAACACGGCAACCGCGGCUUUCGACCGGUAGACCUAUUGGAGUAGAUGUGAUCGUCACUCCUCAACUAUCCUACAGCAAGGUAGCGACGGGUGAUAUUUCAUUGCAAGAUCUUAAAAAACGCAAGGAACCACAAACUCAGGUCAUGACUGGAAACAAUGCAACGUCACACAAUUCACAAGAUACACAAUUCACAGGGAAUGUGAACAAAAAAUCUUCUCCGCCGAGCAAAGAUUACGUACCUUCCUCGUCGCACGCCACGUCGUUACAAAGUGACGGCUUUGCUACGAAAGAUUUUUCUUAUUUUACAACGCAAGGUAAUCGCCCGCACUUGAAUGACGAGAAAACUCAGACUCCAUUGCAAAGCAUAUCAGCUUUCGUUGAAACCAAACAAGGUUUAUCUCGGGAAAAUCUUCCGUGGAAAGUAGCAGAAGCAGAUGGAGGUGAUGCAUUGUUGUUCGACAGAAGUAGAAGCAUUAGCUGGACUGGACAGUCAAAACUAGAUGCUUUCUCUAAUGGUGCCGGACCAGGAAAUCGCUCGCUUUCAACGGAAGCCAUUAAUGAUCGACAGGGAGCUGUGGUGUCACCAUGGAAUCUCAUCUCAAAACAUGGACAUAGUACAGACGAAUUUUCGGAUGAACAAGUAUUUGCUGAAGAGGUUGGUUGGUCGAGUAAAGCUAAGAUAGAUAGUGCCGUGUCAACUGGUAACGAAGUUUGGGAAUUGUCUUCAAGUCCAACGAGUAGCGUAAGUAGUAGCAAAGUUGAACUCACUAACAUACUCGACAAUGACAGCGGAAUGAGCAGUUCCAACCCACUUGGUCCGACACCGCCGUCUGUCCAAAGCGAAUCUCGCAUAAGUCUCCAGGAGCAACAAUAUCUUGAGACAACCAUGGAUAAUUCCACGUGGCUGCAAUCGCGCGGGGCGUACAGUGCACCAUCUUCACCAGCACUUCAACGCAGCAACGGAAAUCAUCCGGGUGUAUGUUCUCCAAAACAGCAAAGCAUGCGCUCGCAUCCAUCUAUGGAGGAAUUAAACAGUAGUCGUCCGUGGAAAAAAAAUAUUUACAGUGAAACACAGUGUUGGAACGAAAAAUCCGUCGUCGAUCUUAAUGACAGACACGAUAAAUCAGAGGCUGGUGCAGAUACGCACGACAGUGGCUUAUCUUCUCCGCAUGGUUACAGCGAGAAACAUUUAAAACAUCCGGAUACCGAUCCCAUACCUGGCGUAGGAACUACACCUUGGUCGGCGGAACGCUUUCAAGACGUUCAUACAGCGUUGCAUCUCCUUCGUCAUCUUUCUCUGGAUAAAUAUGCUGCUAAACUCGAGGAACACGGUAUCAGUUUGGAAUCGCUGCUGACCUUAACUGAAAAGGAUUUACAAACGUUUGGAAUACCGAAGGGCCCCCGAUUAAAGAUACUGAAGGCUUGUGACGUUAUAAAAAAUCAACGAUUUAAUACAUAUGGACAAUCGAAUUCAGAUCUCUCUGCUCAAACCUUUUUUGCAACGUUACCCAACAAUGUCCAACAACCAGCGCAACAGUCGAUGCCACCUGAAGGGACCUCAACAUUUAACAACAAACACCAACAGGUCUUUUCUGCACAGUAUGGUUACCCACCAGAUUUCUUACCAUAUCCCGGAGUCCCACAACAGCCCUACAACAUGUUGAUACCAAACAAUCAACCGUUUAUUCAUCCCUCCACACAUCAAAAUCACCCGGUACAACCAGCUGUGUUCACGAACGGUGGAGAAUUCGCACUCCCGCAUCACUCGGUGGAACAGUUGCAGCACCAUAAUCAAACGAUGAUUCCUCCCACGUAUGUGUAUCAAGAGAAUCCGUUUUACUUUUACCCCCCGCCGCCGCAGUCGUGAGACAUGUGCAUCGGUGUUUUAGUGUUUAGUCAUAUAAAAAUAUCUUCAGCGGAAAAUUGAAGUUGAGUGAGAGUUUAGAUUUGAAUGUGAUUUUGAGUUCUUAAUACACAUAAUGUUAAAAA